AUCAUUUCUUAAUGCUACUGCUAACCAUGAUAUCAUAACAUUUCCGCUUCUCCAGGAUUUCCAUUUACAACCAGUCCUGAGCUGUCACAUCUAAAGUAGACACGACAAUGUCGGGAAAUCCAGCAGUGGUAAUGCGUUUGGUUGCUUCGGCUUACGCAGUGGCAGAGAAGGCAGGAGCCAUCAUAAGGAUGGUUCUUCACAGCGGAGAGCUGGGAAUCGUGGAAAAGACAGGGGCUAACGAUCUACAGACACUGGCAGACAGGCUAGUCCAGCAGAGCAUAUGUGCCUCCCUAUCGAAAAGCUUCCCCAAAAUCACCAUCAUCGGAGAGGAGGAUCUGCCAGAGGAGGCUGUCAAAGAGGACCUGAUUGAGAGCAGUCAGUCUGAAGAAAUUCUACAAAAGUCCUGUCCAUUGGAAUACAGUGCCCUGAAAGAGGAGGAGCUGGUUGUGUGGGUCGACCCCCUUGAUGGCACUAAAGAAUACACUGAAGGGCUUCUUGAUCACGUGACUGUACUGAUUGGCAUUGCAUAUGGAGGGAAGGCCAUUGCUGGGGUCAUCAACCAGCCCUUCUUCAAUUACCAGCUGGGGACGGAGACAGCAGAAAUGGGGAGAACUCUGUGGGGAAUGCCGGGACUGGGCGCCUUUGGGUUCGAGCUACAGGAGGUCCCGGAUGGCCGACGCAUAGUCACCACCACCCGUUCCCACAGCAACAAACUCGUCACAGACACCGUGGAUGCCAUGGAACCUCAUGAUGUGAUAAGAGUUGGCGGAGCAGGAAAUAAGAUUGUUCAGCUUGUGGAGGGGAAGGCCUCAGCCUAUGUCUUUGCCAGUCUAGGAACUAAAAAGUGGGACACAUGUGCCCCUGAAGCCAUCCUGCAUGCAGUAGGAGGUAAGCUGACAGACAUGCAUGGCAGUGCGUUGCGUUACGAUGCUAACGUGAAGCACAUGAACUCUGCCGGGGUGCUGGCCACUCUACGCAACCACCAGUACUACGCCAGCAAAGUGCCCCAGUCAGUCCUGCAGGCCCUCAAGCCCUGAUUUUUACAUUUUAGUCAUUUAGCAGACGCUCUUAUCCAGAGCGACUUACAGUUAGUGAGUGCAUCAAUUUUUUUU